AUGGGAACUCCUCUUUACUUGGAUGAGCCUACUUUCAAGAGAAGCAGACUUGCGUUUGCGAGAAUAUGUAUUGAAGUGCCAGCAAAUAAAGAGAUUCCUGAGUCUUUCAAAAUAAAUCUUGGUUAUAGUGACCCGUAUGAGAUUCGAGUUGAGGUUCCAUGGAAGCCUCAAAGAUGUGAUGUUUGUAAGACUUUUGGUCAUACCAUUAAUUUGUGUCCUCAAAAGCCAAAGACUUUGAACCCUCCCUCUUUCAAACAAGAGUGGAGAGUCAAGGAGACUAAUAUACAAAUUCCAACUAAAUGGGAAAUGGUAAAGAACAAGGGAAGAGAUGGUGUGCAAGGUUCAACGACAGUGAUAAACAAAGAGAGAGCGACGCAGUCUUCCACCCCCUCAACAUCUAAUGCCUUUGAUGUCCGUGAAUCGUGUGAUAUGAGAGAGUUAGGGAAUGGAGAAUUAAGUCAAGAGUUGUUAUGCCAAAUGAAGAGCCUAAAAAAUAGAGGAAGUCCAUCUCCAAGUGACCCCAGUAAUGGGGAGACUACAAAGGAGGAUAACGGAACAAAACUCAAAGCAAAACUUCAUAACUUGAAGAGUGCUUGA